UGCACUGAGAGUUGUUAUCCUGGUCAUAGCAAGAAAGUGAAGGAGGGGGAGCCAUUUUGCUGCUAUGAGUGCAUCCCAUGUCCAGAAAGGAAGAUUUCAACUCAGAAGGAUAUGCAUGACUGUUAUGACUGCAUGGACACAACCUAUCCAAACAUGAAGCAUGAUUUCUGCAUACCCAAAGCUAGAACAUUCUUAUCUUAUAAAGAACCUCUGGGAAUCACCUUAAGCCUCUUUGUACUUUCCUUAGCGUUAAUAACAGCUCUGGUGCUGGGAAUAAUUCUGAAGAACCACAACACUCCCAUUGUCAAAGCCAACAACCGGAACCUCACAUACAUUCUCCUGAUUUCCCUUCUGCUUUGCUUCAUUUCUGCAUUGCUUUUCAUUGGCCAUCCUGAACCGGUGACAUGUCUUCUCCGACAAACUGCAUUCAGCAUCAUCUUCUCAGUGGCUGUUUCUUCUGUGCUGGCAAAAACUAUCAUGGUGGUUCUGGCAUUUAUGGCCACAAAGCCAGGAAGCAGGAUGAGAAAAUGGGUGGGGAAAAGCCUGGCCAACUCCAUUGUUGCAUCUUGUUCCUUUGUGCAAGCAGGCAUUUGCAGUGUGUGGCUAGCAACCUCUGCCCCAUUCCCACAUGUGGACAUGCACUCAGUGACUACAGAAAUUAUAUUAGAAUGUAAUGAGGGAUCUGUCAUUUUAUUCUCUUGUGUCUUGGGCUAUCUUGGCUUCUUGGCUAUUGUCAGUUUUGCUGUGGCUUUCUUUGCUAGGAAGUUACCGGACAGUUUCAAUGAAGCCAAGUUCAUCACUUUCAGCAUGUUGGUGUUCUGCAGUGUGUGGCUUUCCUUCAUUCCAGCUUAUCUGAGCUCCAAGGGCAAAUACAUGGUGGCUGUGGAGGUCUUUUCUAUUUUAGCUUCCAGUGCUGGCUUGCUUGUGUGCAUCUUUGCACCCAAAUGUUAUAUCAUUUUGUUGAGGCCUGAGCUGAACAACAGGGGACAGCUAAUAAGAAGAUCAGAGUGA